AGCACAGUAAUAGUGGCUGCAUCCCUAGGGACAUGAAUAAGUGUUUGCUUUUCUUUUUUUCUUUUUUUUUUUCCAGAACAAGAAGGAAAUUUCUCAAGAUUGAAUCUUUCUCAGUAAAGAUAAAAUGGCAUCAAUGUUGCUUAGUCGACAGCUGACCUGUUGCCUGCAGCAAAACUCCAGACUGCUGGUAUUUGGACACAGAUAUAUCAGUCAAGCUGCAGCUAAAAUUGAUGUGGAUUUUGAUUAUGAUGGACCUCUGAUGAAGACAGAAGUUCCUGGACCACGAUCUAGAGAAUUGAUGAAGAAGCUGAAUGGCAUUCAGAAUGCAGAAGCUGUGCACUUCUUUUGCAAUUAUGAAGAAAGCAGAGGGAACUACCUCGUAGAUGUAGAUGGCAAUCGUAUGUUGGAUCUCUACUCUCAGAUUUCUUCCAUCCCAAUAGGUUACAGCCAUCCCUCUCUGAUAAAGCUUUUACAGCAGCCACAGAACCUGAGCACUUUUAUCAACAGACCUGCCCUAGGGAUUUUACCUCCAGAGAACUUUACAGAAAAACUGAAGGAGUCUUUGCUAUCAGUGGCUCCUAAGGGUUUGUCACAGGUGAUGACCAUGUCUUGUGGAUCCUGCUCUAACGAAAAUGCCUUUAAAGCCAUAUUCAUGUGGUACAGAAACAAGGAGAGGGGCCAUAAUAAUGUCACGAAAGAAGAACUGGAAUCUUGCAUGAUUAACCAGCCUCCUGGCUGCCCUGACUACGCCAUGCUCUCCUUCAUGGGUGGCUUCCACGGCAGGACCCUGGGUUGCUUAGCUACAACUCAUUCUAAAGCAAUUCACAAACUGGACAUUCCCUCACUGGACUGGCCUAUUGCUCCAUUUCCAAGGCUAAAGUAUCCCCUGGAAGACUUUGUGAAGGAGAAUCAACAGGAAGAAGCCCGUUGUUUAGAGGAGGUGGAAGACCUGAUUGUAAAGUACAGGAAAAAGAAGAAGAUUGUGGCUGGAAUCAUUGUGGAACCAAUACAGUCAGAGGGAGGGGACAAUCAUGCUUCAGAUGACUUCUUCAGAAAGCUGCGAGAUAUUGCCAGAAAGCAUGGCUGUGCUUUCCUGGUGGACGAGGUGCAGACAGGAGGUGGCUGCACAGGAAAAUUCUGGGCACACGAGCACUGGGGCCUGGAUGACCCAGCUGAUGUGGUAACAUUCAGUAAGAAGAUGAUGACAGGAGGAUUUUUCCACAAAGAGGAGUUCAGGCCAAAUGCUCCCUACCGGAUUUUUAACACCUGGCUUGGAGAUCCAUCCAAAAACCUUAUGCUUGCUGAAGUCAUUAAGGUUAUUAAAACAGAAGACCUUCUAAACAAUGCAACCCAUGCUGGGAAAGCACUACUGACUGGGCUGCUGGAUUUGCAGGCUCGUUACCCCCAUCUCAUCAGCAGAGUGAGAGGAAGAGGAACAUUCUGUUCGUUUGACACUCCAAAUGAUGCAACUAGAAACAAGUUAAUUACAAUAGCCAGAAACAAAGGUGUUGUUCUGGGAGGCUGUGGAGACAGAUCCAUCCGUUUUCGUCCCACACUGAUCUUCAAGGAUCACCACGCGCACCUCUUUCUGAACAUUUUCAGUGACAUCUUGGCAAACUUCAAGUAA